AAGUCGAAGCCCUGUAACUUCACUUGGUGGUAGAAGCGCGAGUAAAAGCUCUCUGGUGACAGGCUGUACUCAUCUUCUUCAGACAUCUGUCCUUCCAGACAGACAACAUGGGUAUUCAGGGCCUCUUGCAGUUUAUCAAAGAUGCUUCGGAGCCCAUGCAUGUGAAGAAGUAUCGGGGUCAGACGGUGGCGGUGGACACAUACUGCUGGCUCCAUAAAGGGGCCUUUUCAUGUGCAGAGAAGCUUGCAAAAGGGGAACCUACAGAUCAGUAUGUCUCCUACUGUAUGAAGUUUGUGGACAUGCUGCUUUCUUUUGGUGUUAAACCCAUCUUGGUGUUUGAUGGUCGUAACUUGCCCUCCAAACAGGAAGUGGAGAAGUCCCGGCGAGAGAGGCGACAGGCCAAUCUGCAGAAAGGCAAACAGCUGCUGCGGGAGGGAAAGAUAGCAGAAGCCAGAGAAUGUUUUACCCGAAGUGUUAAUAUCACCCCUUCCAUGGCACAUGAUGUCAUUAGGGCUGCCAGAACACGUGGAGUGGACUGUGUUGUUGCUCCAUAUGAAGCAGAUGCACAGUUAGCAUUCCUCAACAAAUCUGAUAUCGCUCAGGCGGUGAUCACAGAGGACUCAGAUCUGCUGGCAUUUGGCUGCAAAAAGGUGAUUUUAAAGAUGGAUAAACAGGGUAAUGGACUGGAGAUUGAGCAGUGUCACCUGGGCCGCUGCAAAUCUCUUGGCAACAUCUUCACAGAGGAGAAGUUUCGAUAUAUGUGCAUCCUCUCUGGCUGUGACUACUUGCAGUCUCUGUAUGGUAUUGGUCUGGGAAAAGCAUGCAAGCUGCUCAGGAUGGCAAAUAACCCUGAUAUCCUGAAGGUGAUCAAGAAGAUGGGGCAGUAUCUGAAGAUGGACAUUUCUGUCCCAGAAGAAUACAUUGAGGGUUUCACAAAAGCCAACAACACAUUUUUGUAUCAGCUGGUCUUUGACCCCUUGAGGAGAAAGGUGGUACCUUUGAACCCCUAUCCAGAUCACAUUAAUCCUGCUGCCCUCAGCUAUGCUGGAACUAAUGUAGGUGAUGAGAAAGGGUUGCAAAUGGCUCUUGGCAACCUGGACAUUAACACGAUGCAAAGAAUAGAUGACUUUAACCCUGAUGCUCCUCAAAGUCAGCCACCUAAAGCUCCUCGCAGUAGUUCCUGGAAUGACAGAUGUGAUAAAACUGGCCCAACACAGAAAAGCAUUUGGAGCCAGAACUAUGAACCAGGUUGCACAAAGCCACAGAAUCCUACCUCCCCUAAAAGACCACCUCCCACCCGGGGCAAAGAGAGGAUUGUUAGUGUGCAGAGUCUAAAGUUGCCCCAGAGAGAGUCACAGGUGAAAAGACCACGUGAAGACACAAGUCUCUGUGUGGAUGACCUGUUAGAACAGUACACAGCUGGUGUAAAGAGACACUGUCCUGAAACUCUGCCCACAACUAAGCCGCUGACUAAUGACAACACGGUCUCUAAGGAGAACCAUUGUGGCAGCACAUCUGGACCAUUUCGUCCUCGAAAUCGCUUUGCAACCCUCUUGCAGUGGAGGAACCGAUCAGAAGAGGGCACUGAAGAGCAGGGCACAUGCAGCAGGUUCUUCUGUCAUGAUGAAUCCAAUACAGCAGAGACGCAGGAAGACUCAAUAAAACAAGACUCUUUACAGUCUGUGGAGUGUCAAGAGAAGCAUGUCUCACAGUCUGGAGGAGACACAUCAUCACUGUGUGAAGACCCAGAGAGAGAGCAGGAUGAAGAUGAGUCGUCUAGCCCACCCACAUCUCCAUCUUGCUCUUCCAGGCCUGCUAGUGUGGGUCUUGGGGUCUUCAGCUGGUCAGGCAGCACCACAGAACUCAAUAAAUCUGCCUCACAUUCAGCCGCAGUCAGCACAGAGAGACACCGGUCAUUCUCCACACCUUCAGGAUUAUCUACCCUGCAGCAGUUUCAGAGAAAAAAGGCAAGCUUCUCCUGGGCAGGACCUGGGCUUUCUCUUUCGUCCUCGCCUGUAGAAGGCAGUGAGGAUGCUGGGAAAUCUCCUGGGUCUCCUCCAUCACAGGACAGUGCCUAUUUCUCCCAGUCCAGCGGCAUCUCUGCUAGUGUGGAGGACUCUUUAGUCACAGAAGACUCUGAUAAGGAAAAAGAGAGAGAUUCAGAUGUCUCCAACAGCCCUAGCAGCUCUCCACCAGACAGGCUGAAGCCUGCUGUUAACCGAACAAAGGUUUCAGGGUUGUCCCGGAAAGGGGCUUGUGGGCAGGGUAAAGGCACUAAAAUUGAGACCUCCGCUCCUGCAAGAGCCAGCGGUCUGAGAAGGAAACCAAGCGGGAAGAAAAAUAUCAACAAUGAGAACAGUCCAGGUCUGCAGGCCACCAUCAGUGGCCUCUGGGGGGCUUUCAGCUUCAAGAAGGACAGUCCGAAGUUAAGCGCAGCCAAGAAAGGAGAGCCGAUGUCACCGGUCGGGGAGAAUGUGAUGACAGAAACUACUCAAGCUGAUUAGGAGAUUUUCCAUCAUCGCUGA